AUACAACCCCACAACAAAUAUUUGGCUACUACUAUCAGCUAGUUCUAGUACUAAUGAUACUAGGCCUACUGCUAGGCUACUACCUCUAGCCUACAUGACUUUGAACUAAAGUAGCCUAUAUAAAAUUACUUAUAUUAUUGCUACUUUAACAGUAAUAAUAAUAAUAAUUAUUAUUUUAUCAAUUAAAACAGACCUCAGUACUUUUUUGUUUUGUUUUAAACAGUUUAAAUGUAGUUUGUUAGAAAUGGGACUGAGUGGAGUCUCUGCCCACACUUACACGCACACGCACACAAACACGUACCUCCCCCCACCACCACCACCCCCCUCGUGCGCCCCAUGCACGGGGGGGACACCAAUGUGUGACAGUGGCGGAUGGCCUUGGCCACGCGGGACGCAGCCGCUGCGCUUCGCCUUCGCGGGACAGGUUCACACGCGCCCUUUUUUAGACUAGACUAGCCUCGCGUCUUUUUUUUUUAAAACUCUCUCUCGCCGUAACUCUCUGUAAUUCUCUCUCUGUGUGUCUCUCUCUCCCUCCCCCCUCCUCUCCCACUAAUCUCACCGACUCCUCGCUCGGUCGCCUCGAGCCCACCCGUGGGAGUAAAAGACAGAAGAAGGAGGAAAGAAGUGAGAGAAGAAGCGCGCUGCCCGGAGGGAGACGUGUUUCAGAGGAGAGCGAUAUUGAUUUUCUUCUGAUCUCUGGUCGAUGGAUUUAUCACUGACAAUACAACAAUAUUUUAGCUAGAAAAUCGAGUGAAGCAUGGGUGACUGGAGCUUUCUAGGGCGGCUGCUGGAGAAUGCUCAAGAACACUCCACUGUGAUUGGAAAGGUUUGGCUGACUGUCCUCUUCAUCUUUCGCAUCUUGGUGCUGGGCGCAGCAGCCGAAGAGGUCUGGGGAGACGAGCAGUCGGACUUCACCUGUAACACGCAACAGCCCGGUUGCGAGAACGUCUGCUAUGACGAGGCCUUCCCCAUCUCCCACAUCCGCUUCUGGGUGCUGCAGAUCAUCUUUGUCUCAACGCCCACCCUCAUCUACCUGGGCCAUGUACUGCACAUCGUCCGCAUGGAGGAGAAGAGGAGGGAGAGGGAAGAGGAACUCAGAAAGGCCGGACGGCACCAGGAAGACCAUGACCCCCUCUAUCACAAUGGAGUCGGUGAUGGAAAAGGAGGAGGUGGGAAAAAGGAGAAGCCACCAAUUCGUGAUGAGCAUGGGAAGAUCCGGAUCCGUGGGGCGUUACUGAGGACCUACAUCUUCAACAUCAUCUUCAAGACUCUGUUUGAGGUGGGCUUCAUCCUGGGACAGUACUUCCUCUAUGGCUUCCACCUGAGGCCGCUCUAUAAAUGUGGCCGCUGGCCCUGCCCCAAUACUGUGGACUGCUUCAUCUCCAGGCCCACUGAAAAGACAAUCUUCAUUAUCUUCAUGCUGGCGGUUGCCUGUGUCUCUCUGGUCCUCAACCUGCUAGAGAUCUACCACCUGGGCUGGAAGAAAGUCAAGCAGGGGGUCACCAACGAGUUUGUACCCGACACUGAGUCGCUGCUCGAGCCCGGAGACGCGGAGACCAUUCCUGAGCAGAGCUCUCCGUCAGUGCUCAACUGUUUGCCGACAUACACCAAUGUGAGCGUGGUGGGGGUUGGAGCAGCUGAGAGAGAAGCCUACAGUCCAUCAGAAGCCUCUCCAACAGUGAUCUCUUUAAACCCUAACAUGGCCACCGCCCCUGUGCCUGCUGAGCUCAAGAUGGACGGCACAGCGUUCCACCCAGACGACUUCCUGUUGGAGUCCCUGCCCGCUUCCUUUUACAGCAAUGGUGACAAAGUGAGCGUUGGAAGCCACAGGCAGCUGACUCCAAUGGAGCAGAACUGGAGCAACAUGGCACUGGAGCUCCACAAUCUGAAUGGAAAAAACUCCACCUCCUCCUACCCUCCUCCUCUUCCCUCUCCUCCCACCUCCUCCUCUCCUCUGGAAGAGAUGACUCCACCAGCUUCACAAGAAGAGCAGCUCUCAAUGUUCCCUACACUUCCUCGUAAUACCCCUCUUUCCUCCCUCUCGCCAGAGGAGACAGCGGUGGAUGAGGAAAACACCGCCGCACCUGGUAUGGUCCCACAUGACGACUUCACCGUGGUUACCAGGGCGGAGAUGCACCAGCCUCCAUCUGCCCCGGCGACAGACAUCCGGAAGCCAAGUCGGGCCAGCAAGAGCAGCAGCGUCCGAGCUCGCCCUGAUGACCUGGCAGUGUAGCUAAAACACACACACACACACACACUCACACACCUUACAUAUAUGCUGUGUACACAUAGAAACCCUACAUAUGCAUUUUUUUCAUCAGUGAAACCACACAAGCAUGCCCUCCAGCAGCAGACUGACGCUGUGUAAGGCAGACCUUCACAAAUAGACAUGCAGCUGGAGGUGGCUGCUUAUUUUAAUCUUAGAAUUUUGAACUAGAAAUAAGGAUAGAAAGAGUUUGGCCAGAUUACACUGACGGCACCGUGCUGAUGCCCUGUCUACAUUUCAGUAACAAUAUGUCAAAGUCAGCUCAGCUUUUAAGACUUUACCUCAUAGGGGCUUUGAAGAAAUCCUGUAGUAAGUAAUGUUUUAUCAUUUAUUUUAAAGCAUCAUGCUUUAAAAAAGAAAAGAAAGAAAACUGAAGAAAAAAAUGAUUAUAGCUGAUUGAAGAGGCUGGCGCAGCACUGUUGCACGCUUACAGCAUCAUAAUAAAAGACACAGAAUAAUAUAGCUCAAUGGAUAUGUGCAGGAGAGGAAAGAAGACGAUUCAAAGAGCAGGUAAAAUACAUUUGAAAAUAAAACUUAUGAUCAAAAACAAAAAAAAAAGAUAGAAAAAAGAAAAAAAAACAUAAUAAGAAUGAUACAUUUUGGCAUUGUCAAUGAGAUGUUUUUUCUGCUGAGUCUUGAAGACAUGUAACAGUGACACUUGCUUUAACUUAGAGACUUUUAUAUAGUGAAGUAGUUGGUUGAAAAAAAAUAGAAAGGGAGGUUAUUAUGACUAAAGAAUUUUGUAAAAGACACUUUAAUAAUUGUAAGAUUAUUUAUAAAUAUGAGUCUUCAGGGUAUUUCUUUUCUAGGUAUCCCGUUAUUCAGUUAUUUUCAGUUUGCUCAGGCAAGCAAUCAGUCACACCAGUAGAUGAGUACAGUGGACAAAGCAUAAAACAUUUUAAAAGUGCCUUUAUGUGGUUGUUGUAUGAAUAAUGGUUAUUUUAUCCGGUGAUUUUAACGCUUAUGUUGAACACAACUCUGACAACACAGGCAUCAACCAUCUUGCAGGACAGACUCAGUCAGAGUUGACUCCAAUCAGUUUGCAACUUUUUCUAAAUUAGAAAAUAAUCAAACAGCAGAUUCUGAUGUGGUGAUAUAACAAACAUCGUGUAAACACAAAAGCACAAUGAAGCCGGAUCUCAGACUAAAAUGUACGCUAACCAUAUUUGGCCUGUGCUGUUUAAGUACUUGUUGACAUAAUAGGAAAUACGUUUAUUUACUCUUUCGCUGAGAGUGAGAUUAGGAGCUCAUUAGCACUCUCAUAUUUGUGUGUUAAGUGGAGUUACAAACAGGAGUCAGUUAGCUGAGCGUAGCAUAAAGACUGGAAACAGGGAAACAGUAUGAUGUGUUUAAAUAAAAUCUACUAGAAAUCUAAUAUCAUUCAUUCAGAAAAUUUACAUUAAAAAUAUGUUUUAAAUACAGUUCAUCAUACCAAUUGUAGAUAAACUGCUGCAAAUGUCAAACAUAGUAGAAGUCAACAAUUGAAGCAACCAAAUUACAGAUGCUGGUAGUCCUAUUUUUAAGCUAUGAACAGAGUGAAGGUAACACUUUCCUUCUGCUUCCAGUCUUUAUGCUAAGCUAGGCUAAUUGUCUGCUGGCUUUAGCUCCUUACUGACUCAAGAGAGGUAUCAAUCCUCUAGGUAAGUGUAGGGAAAAUCAACAUACUUCCCCCAAAACCCCCAACAAUGUGAACCUUUCCUUUAAGAGAUACAGUCAGCAUUUUCUCUGCUUGAGGCUGAGGAUCUCCAACAUGGCAGCCAUGUUGGAGAAGGUAUGUUACAGUCCCGAAAUUCCAUUGUUAUAAUGUUUAUUUGCUUGGCACAAAGCAAGAAAUUAAGAGCCAGCAUGGCUGCACACUCAUUGUUCUGGCCAUACUCUCAUCUUUUAACCCCCUGACCCCUGACCUCUGACCCCACCAACGACCAGGUGGCUGCUCAGAGGUUAGAGAAGUUGGACACGGAAGGUGUACUGGGAAUCAUAAACAUACACACUUACAUACACACCCACAGUAUAAAUAGCCAGCACAGACAUGAGGAAGGAAAGGUGAUUGAUGAUGAUGAUGAUGAUGAUGAUGAUGAUGAUGAUUGGACUAACUAAUAAGUUUGGGAGCAUAGAGGCAGUGAUACUAUAUUCUUUUACUUUCAUCCUUCUUUUAUUUCUUUGCUGGGAGACAUCGGAGGAGAGGUUUGCACUUUUGUUUCUUUCUUUUUAUUUUUCUUGUGAUGUGAUGAUGAGCUGUGUGUCUGUUGAAUCUGUCCGUGUGUUCUGCUCUCACCCAGCCUGUAAUUUCAAUGAAGAGAGGGAUGCACCAGCGUUAGGACAGAGCAGAUGACUAGAGGAAAGCAAUAAAGCAGUCCCACCCUGAGACAUAGUCCUUAGGCUUCACAGGCUGCAUGUGUGUGUGUGUGUGUGUUGUGUGUGUGUGUGUGUGUGUGUGUUUAGAGACCUUAAUUUGUUUCAGUGUUUACAAAAUGACAUCUCUGCAGUUACAUCAGGGUAAACUAUAUAAAAUUUAUAAAUAUGUAAAUAUAUAAUGAUUGAUAGUAUUGAUAGACACCACGGGAUAUUAUACAGAACUACUUAUAUUUAAAAAAAGUUGUUAGUUUCUGAUCAAGCUGCAGUUUAUUAAGACUUUCCCCAGAAAACCAAAAAUCUAAAGUGCUUCAGCUUUUUCUGACAUUGGCCCCACUGGUCACUUUAUACAAAAAUCCAAUGUUAGAAAGGUUGAUGCAAAUAAAAAUGAACAUAUGAUAAAGGGCUAAACUACAUUUCUUUACUGAGCAAUUUGAAUCUUUGCAGCUUGAAAAGAGCAUAAAAUUCAGUACACCUUCUUUCUGAUGCUUGUGUUUGCAGUGUGUUACAGAACUGUCGAGUUCCCCUAGGUGUUCUGUAUAGGAGGACUCUAAGUUAAUUUUCCAGACUAGCUGUAGAAUAUACAGUAGCUUUUAGAUUUUUUUUUUUUUUUGAAAAAAGAGAGCAAUAUGAUCUAAAAAGUGAUUUUAUUUCUCUGUUAGUUCUUAACAGACAUCCUACAUAGGAAUGUUCAUUUUUCCUGUUCCUCUCAUUAAUUCCUGCCAAAAAGAAAAACAAAACAUCAAAAAUGGCUAAUAUAAAUUCAGUAGUGUUGCCUUACAGCAACUUCCCAACAGCUUUGAUUCAUCAAGUCAAAUUAUUCAUGUUGUAUCCAACAUUCAGGAAUAAAAAUAUAGUCUAGUAGCAAGGAAGAGUGGUUUGGGGCAAACUGCUGUUUUGGGUUUGUGCAUCUUUGUGUUUCUUUCCGGGCAGAAUAUUAGAGGAUAAUAUUUAGCAUACUUGAAAAAUACUAGAAAAAGUGCUAGAUUAUAUCACAUGACUUACCAUGCCUGAAUUAGCAUUUGAACACCAUAACCAAAAUAACCAAAUGAAUGUAUGCAGAAAUUUCGAUAAAAACAGAAUGUUGUUUUUGUCCACAUGCUAGCUUUUUCUGGAGCUUUCUUGCACGGUCGACUUUGUUUUUGUAGUUUUAACUGCCUUGGGUAAGAAGUUUUACCAUCAGGUGAAUUACCCAUGACUUUGUUACAGUAUCAUUAUUACACUGUCACAAUGUCAUGGUUGAUAACCAUCUCCUAAAUGAACACACUGGCUGUGCUGCAUGAGAUUUUUAUUUUUUUGCAGCUGUCAAAUCUUAGAGUGCCUUGAUUACUUAAAACUAAAUUUCAAUGCUGGAAAUGUUCAUCCAAAUACAUUCAUGGCAACUUUGAACAUGUUCAUAAAUUUAAGUAUCACACUUGAUUAGCAUUCAGACUUUUGGGUAGCAAAUCCAUGGCCUAAGUGAAUAAAGCUAGCUUUUCAGUACCAAGGUUAACUUCUAAACUGCCACUGCUCAUUGCAUGUUGCAGUAUAUUUAGCACAUGAUCAAAUUUGUUAAUUAUUGCCAAGAGUUUGAAAAGACCACUACCAGUCUCGUACCUAUCCAUUAAGAACAGACGGUCAGCCAGUAUGUAGGAUCCUGUAGCUUCAUAUAACAGACAGUUAUGAGAGUAGUCUGGAUCUUCUCAGCAAGAAAGUGAUAGAGGUCUGUUACAUUUGACCACUAUGUGGUCUUACUGUUGCCUAUGCUAUGACUCCAUGCCAUUUGAUUUGAGCAAGAACAAACAGAUUGUGAUUAAGGCUGUUUACAGUAAAGUAAUUUUAGCUUGAUUUGGAAUCUGAAUGGGUUGCCAUGUAGAAGGCAAAUGUAUCUGCCCACAAAUAACAUGAAUUCAGUGUCAGAGCCUUUGAUGCUGAGAUCAGUGGCCUCUCAAGGUGUAUAUUUAGAAAUCUGAGUUUUAAAGUUAAUGAUUUUCAACCAUGAAUGCAACAACUUUACUUCUAUAAACCAAUAUAAAACAUGAGGUGACAAAUGAGAAGCAAGAUGCAGUGAAAGGUAUAUCAGUUUGAGCACAUUAGCUACAUUUUAGGUAAGAACAACUAAUUUUGUUAAGGAUAGGGUGAAGUAGAGACUGAAAAUAUGCUGUUUGCUGACUGUGUCAAAUGUUUACAUGUCUCUGAUCAAACUGUGCCAAUAAACAACUUCAGCAAACCAUGGCAGCUGAAGCACUUAGUCUAUUUUUAGAAGUUAUUAGCUGUGAAGUAUGAUUUAACCAAAGAUAUUUACCAAACCAAAGAGGUUUGUGCCAAAGAGAUCACAACGCCUGAUGGGUUUUUAAAGAGCUUUGCUUGGGAACCUCACCCCUGACCUUAACAAUCAUAGCUCCAACCACAAGAUCAGUUUUACAACCCUUUAAUGAAUCUGGGAAAAGAGAAUUCUACCAAAAAGACAUGUCGAACUUUGUCUCUAAAAAUAGUUGAAACAAAGUUUAUUUUACUUAUUUUUAAUGCUGAAAUGUUUUUUUCAUAACCUUGUUGUUCCAAGCUGUUCUUAGUACCUUUAAUAUGUAGAUAAAGAUUUGCACAGUUAGAUAGCUAGACCGCUGUUAUGAGGUUAUGAGGAUAUAAAUAGAAAAGGAAAAUAACAAACAGUGUCCUAGGAGGAGGGAUACUGGGGAUAUUAACAUAUUUUUGUUUAUUUAUGGUAAUAAUACAAUCAAAAUUAGACUGGGAAUGGACAAGAAAUGAAUCUAAAGUGAUUGUUCUUUUUCUGUUCUGGAUAUGGAUUGGGAGAAUUUUGGCUACUCCAGCUUUCACACCAUGCCUUGGAUCAAAAAUCCC